AUGGUUGACAACAUGGACUUGCAGAUCUCCCUGGAUAAGUUACCAAUCAAGCGUUUGGAUUCCAUUGAAGAAAAUGGAAUGGAGCGAUUCCCACCAGAUGUGGAUUAUGAUGAGAAGCGGCUCUCCCUAAUCAGGCGAAUUGACUUUGCUUGGGCCAUUGAGAAGGAUGAGGAGAAGAAAAAGCAGAAGAAGAGCUCCAAGGAGUCCUCAACACCAUGGCAAUGGCAGAGCAUGGUAGAGAAUUUGCAAUUGGCACAUCAAGAGCUCUCUGUCAUCAUAGAUCUCAUCAACACUGUGGAAGCAAAUGAUGCAGUAACAGUGGCGAGCAUGACAAGACCAAAACUAUUACCAAAUGAAGCUUUGUCUGACCUAGCUGUAUCUGCAGCCACCAAGCUGCAAUGUUACCGUCAAGUUGGAAAAUACUUCAAGCAAUCUGCCAAGGCUUUUGAACAACAGGUUGCUCGGGAAGCCAGGUUUUAUGGUGCCCUUAUCAGAUUGCAGCAAAAUUGGAAGGUUAAACGGCAACGUCAGGCAGCUAUUGUUCCAGGGAAUGAAGGCUUCACCUUUGAUCUCUUUGAUAAUUCAUAUGAUCAAGCAUCUAUUAUUCGGUCUUUGUCUAUGUCCACUGUUCGAGUCAAUCAUGAUGCCGCUGGCAUGCUGGCAAUAAAUGUGUCUCCUGAUUUAUGCCAUUCUCUCCAAUUUGGUUUUGUUGGUGCACAAUCAGAUGAUACUCAGAGGAAAUCCAAAGAAAACUUCUCAGGUGAGCAUGGUUUGGGAGAAACUGGCAAAGAGUCCUUAAGUGAUGAAGAGUGUGUUAAGAAAACACAUUCACUCCUUCGCGAAGUACAUGAAGCAAUUUUCAAUGAGCAGGUGUUUGAUUUGGUGAAUCGAGAAGCAUUUACCACAGUUACAAAUGUUAGUGUGACUGGAAUACGGGAAAACUAUUUACAAUUAAGCUUAGAUCAAGGAACCUCUGUAUACUUAUCACUCGUGUCCAAUGUUCAAGAUCAUUCUACAGUUGAAGAUGAACUCAACAAUAAUGUUGAAAAUGCAAUGUUACCUCUAGAGUCGUCUGAUGGAAUGAAGCGUGAAGCCAAACAGAACACCCCCAAGAAAGGGCAGUUUUCUAAUUCUAUCUGUUAUGAGAUUUACAUUCAGCAGAUUUUUCAUGAGCAUAUAUUUGGAAAAGGUGGCGAAAAACCAAUUUCCUCUGGAAACCGUUCGUCUGGCGUACAGGCUAAGGAGGCCAAAGAUGGAUCCAAUCUUCUUGGUCAUUUUUUCAUGUCCUUGUCUCACAGGAUUUUUUCAACUAAAGUUCUUGCGGAGCUGGAAAACGUGGUAUACAAGGUCCCAUAUCUACAGCUAAUUUCUAAUCCCACGCGGCAUUCUCGGGCUUCGUCAUGGACUCUGUACGUGGUGGUUCCUCAGUCUAUCCUUCGUGGUAGCCAAACUAAAACAUCAGAUUAUUUUGAGAAAAAUGCUGUGAAGCGUCAAUUUUGGAUUAAGGUGAUGGUAAAUGACAAUUGCAUCAAUGUUAAAGCGGAAGGUUCUCCAAAUGUCGCAGGCUUGUUCAAGGGAAAAAUUGAGGAAACCCACUCAAUAAACAAAUAUAACUGCAACUUAGCUGAUCUUCCUGUGAUUAUUCUGCAGCAGGUUGCGAGCCAAAUUAUUAACUGGCUAUAUCAGGAAGCUUUGAUGGUUGGGAUAAAAGCAAAUCGGGACUUCUUAUGCUUAUCAUUUGAGCUGGAGCAGGGUGAAACACUUGGCCUGGUUGCAAGUGUUGAUCCAGAAGAUAGUGAAGGGUGUAUAUCUUGGUGGUUGGUCAUGGAGGACAGUUUUGCAGAGGAGCAAAAGCUUCAUAUGAACAUCAGUGAUGGUGCAUCUGAAUAUAGGAAAUUUCUCGGUCACUUGUCACUUGAUUUGUUAUACGCAACACUCAUCGACUUGGUAGGCUUGUGUAGUGGUGGCGGUUUUCAAUGA